UUUUGAGUGAAAUCGGCAACUUGCUUUCUCCGGAUGCUUGUUUUGCCUUAAUAUUUGUCAACUAAUUUGAAUGAGAUAUUACCUGCACUAAAUAUUUUCAUAAAUGUAAAUACUUUAAUCAAACGAAGUCAUGAAUGGAAGUUCUAAUCCGCUUUUGGACAAAGAAGAACAUGUCUUGAAGCUUGGAGAGAGCUUUGAGAAGAGACCAAAAUCGUCGUUUCACACAAUCAGAUAUGACUUUAAACCAGCCUCCAUUGAUACUACAUGUGAGGGAGAGUUGCAAGUUGGCAAGGGUGAUGAGGUCACCAUCACAUUACCCCAUAUACCAGGUUCCACACCACCAAUGACAGUAUUCAAAGGCAACAAAAGGCCAUAUCAGAAGGACUGUGUUCUGAUCAUCAACCAUGACACUGGGGAGUACAUGCUGGAGAAGUUAAGCAGCAGCAUUCAGGUCAAGAAAACUAGGGCUGAGGGCAGCAGUAAGAUCCAGGCACGGAUAGAGCAGCAGUCAGUCAGAGCUUCUCAGCCUAGUUCACAGUUCCGGGCCCUCACCAAGCCAGGGGCGAGCGCCAAGACCUCCCCUACUAAAGACAACCCCUCUCCUGAACCCCAAUUGGAUGACAUCAAAAGAGAGUUACGGGCUGAGGUGGAGGUCAUUGAACAGAUGAGUAGCAGUGGCAGCAGCAGCUCCUCGGACUCGGGCAGCUGUUCUGGAAGUGGAGACGACAGCUCCAGUAGCGACGGGGAACAGGAGGGUCCACACCCUCACCUGUCCCCUAACCGUAGCUCCAUGGCCAACGGCAUCGACAAGCCACAGGGCAGCACGCAACUAAUGAACACACUGAGGAACGACCUUCAACUGAGUGAAUCUGGCAGCGAUAGUGAUGAGGACUGAGAACUCCACAACAACUCAACUCCUCACUCCCUCCCCACGUCUGCUCCUUCUC